GCACUGAUACCAGUCUCCAGCGACAUUCUCCAAUACGCCUUGACCCUCGAGAACCUUGAGAAUGCCUUCUACUCUAUGGGUCUCGCCAAGUUUGCCCAAUCCGACUUUGAGAACGCCGGAUACCCUGACUGGGUCCGAAACCGAAUUGUCCAGAUCGGAGGCCACGAAGCCCAGCACGUCGCUCUCCUCUCUGGAGCCCUCGGAAGUGCCGCCACCCAGCCAUGCACUUACAACUUUGACGCUGCCAUGGCCGACGUCAACGCCUUCAUCGGUUACGCCACUCUGAUCGAGAACGUCGGAGUCUCCGCCUACCUCGGAGCCGCCUCCUCCAUCACUGAGCCCGCCUACGUUACUGUUGCCGGAUCUAUCCUCACCACCGAGGCUCGUCACCAAGGAUGGCUCAGUUCAUCCGUCAGCAAGAACCAGCCUUGGUCUGGUCCCGAGGACACCCCUCUUGACUUUGACGAAGUCUACACCAUCGCCGCUGAAUUCAUCAGCUCGUGCCCUUCGACCAACCCCACCCUCCCCGUCCAGGCCUUCCCCGCCUUGACCAUUGGAACUGACGGAACCAUCACCACUACCGCUUCGACUGCCAACACCUAUGUUCAGCUCGUCUCGGGUCUCGACUCCAAUGUCUUCCCUGUUGUGAACGGAAAGGUCCAGGGACUUCCUCAACCCCAAGGAAUCUCCUACGCCGUCUUGACCACCUCGAGCACCAACUCUGGUGUCAGCGACUCGAACAUCGUUGCCGGACCCAUGAUCCUCAACAACCCCUUCACCUCCAAGGUCCCCAACCCUGCCCCCAACUUCUAA